AUUCCAUGGUUCAUGAGAGAUGAAAGCACUUCUCCUCUUAUAGAUACUAAGGAGAUAGAAAUUCCCUCCAUUCCUGAGAAUGCUCCUGAAACAGUAGAGGAGUUUUUAAAGCUCGUAGCUGAAGAAUACGGCUUGCAAGAUAUUCAAUUAUUCGAUUUGACUCUGUUGCCAGAGUCUCAUCCAUCAAGUACCAAAAACCAAGCAGCAAGCUAUAUAAUUAUAUGCACGGGAAAGUCCGAGAAACACAUAUACAAAGCUUCGAGUGAGCUUAGGCUCAAUAUUAAACACAGUCAUGAUAUCCUUCCAUCGCUCGAGGGAGUGGUUUCUGGAGGAACUAGCCCUGCUGCACGCAGAAGGCUUCUCAAACGAGUGAGAAGAGGUGCUCCAGCUACCGACAAUGACUACGGAAAAGUGCCGAACAGUUGGGUUAUGUGUGAUACUAAGGUCGAUAACAUUUUCAUCCAUAUCCUUACCCAGCAGAGAAGAGAUGAACUCAAUUUGGAAUCAUUGUGGUGUAGAGAUGAAGAAAAGGAAAAGUACCUCCCAAGCAGUACUUCUGUAGAAGAGUCUGAUGACAUUUUCAUAGGCGUGAGAAGAGGUUUCCAUACCAUGACUCCAUUCUGGGCACAACAGAGGAGGUCAUAUUCAACCAAAAAAUUGCAUUCUAUCCAGCAACUCUUUAAUGAGGACUCCAGCAUCAGCGAAGACAAGUUGCAAUCGUAUAAAAACAAUUUUGAUUCGAAUUUUGUACCGAGAACUGUACAAGCAUUCAGAGAUAAAUUUGAGCUUUAUAGAACCAUCCAUGUGCUUAAUCCAUCAUUAGUAUCGUUUGAACAGGUCCGCGAGACUAUUCUCGAAAAAUAUAGUUCAUUGGAUAUCUAUGUGAACAAAGAUUUCUCCAUUACUUCAGAAAAAGUAGAAGAUGUCAUCAGAUACAUGAAAUUAAUCAUAGAUUCACCAGAAAUAGCAGUUUCUGGUGAAAACACAGGAGUAUUUGUCGAUAGGGUAUUCGACAGCGUUUCAAAAUUCAUAUCUACUUUGGUUUCCUUUUCAUAUGAACAAGUCAACGUUCUUGAGCAUGAUGAAUUUCUUCCACUUUUAUGGAGAUUGACAUUAAUUGAAAAAGACGAUGCUGUUCUCAAUUCAGAGGUAAUCACAAGAGCUAUUCAGGGAGAAGUAUCUUUAGGGACAGAUGUGUUUAGAGGCAAUUCGCCAAUUUCACAAGCAUCCAAUAAAGCCCGGGAUGUAAUUAAUAUUGCGAAGUACUUCUCCGAGCUCAAUCAAGUCAUACAAGCAGUCUCCUUCAAAGAGUUAGUACUUUUUUCCUACGGAAAUGCUGGCAAAUGGAGCAAGUUCUGGAACGAGUGGGAGGUUUCUUUUGGGUUCUUUGGUAAUGGAUCCCCACAGGCUGCGGUACACUCAUGGGUCAGAUUAGUGGUCUAUCUUGCAUUGCGAGACAAUAAGACGCAGCAAUUGCAUUUCCUCCAUAACUAUUGGAAUAAUUCGGGGCUAAGUCGUAGUAUUGUUCUGGAUCUCGAAAGAAAUGAAUGCCGUUUUGGAUCCCCAACAGAGAAAAGAGUUUUCAUAUCUGCAAUCAAUAAAAUUGUCGACAGUGUUAACAACAGC